AUGCAACGUAUCCUUCGAAAAAUUUGAAAACUUUUCGUUUAAAAGUCGUUAUAAGCUGUGAUAGUGGCAUAAACGUUAUUCGCGAUAAAUAUUUACUAAAUUUAAUUAAAGAUCUAUUUAAUGCAAUUCGUCAGCAUUAAAGUUAAUGUAGUGGCUACAUUAUCUUUGCUUACACUAUCGAAAAUUUGGUCGCGGUAAUAAAAUCACAGUGCAUCGUUUACCGCAUCUUGUAGAAAAACUAGCAAAAUUGCACAUUACAAGAUGGAUGAUUUCUUAAAAAUCGAAAAAAUAGGUGAAGGUACUUACGGUGUAGUGUAUAAAGGAAAAAAUAAGAUUACGGGGCAGUUUGUGGCUAUGAAAAAAAUACGACUUGAGUCUGACGAUGAAGGUGUUCCUUCAACAGCUAUUAGAGAAAUUUCUUUAUUGAAGGAGCUCAAUCACCCUAAUAUAGUAAAAUUAGAAGAUGUUCUUAUGGAGGAAUCCCGUCUCUAUCUUAUCUUCGAGUUUCUCGCCAUGGACUUGAAGAAAUAUAUGGAUUCCCUUGGUUCAGGAAAAUUCAUGGACCCUGCAGUAGUGAAGAGCUACUUGUUUCAAAUCAACAAUGCCAUCUUGUACUGCCAUCAGCGCCGCAUCCUACACAGAGAUCUAAAACCUCAGAAUUUGUUAAUUGAUAAGACUGGUAUUAUUAAGGUAGCAGAUUUUGGUUUGGGUCGCGCAUUUGGUGUGCCAGUGAGGGUGUACACACAUGAAGUUGUCACACUUUGGUACAGAGCUCCAGAAGUAUUACUGGGCAGUCAGAGAUAUUCCUGUCCAAUUGACAUGUGGGCAGUUGGCUGCAUCUUUUCGGAGAUGUCUUCCAAAAAGCCAUUGUUCCAGGGUGAUUCAGAAAUUGAUCAACUUUUCCGCAUUUUCAGAAUGCUGCGUACACCAACAGAGGAGAUCUGGCCCGGAGUGACAGCCAUGCCUGACUAUAAACCUACAUUCCCCAAUUGGAAUACAUUCAACCUACACAAUCAUGUGCAAAAUCUCGAUGAAACCGGUAUGGAUUUACUACAGAAGAUGCUUAUCUAUGACCCGAUGCGUCGCAUCUCGGCGAAGGAUGCGCGCAGACAUCGCUACUUCCGCGACGUGGUCAUCCCACCCGGCCUCGCUGUUCACAAGGCCUAUAUACGAUACUCUGCGGACUACAACGAUACAGAUAACGCGCAAAGUGUAUAAUAUCUUAAGUUCAGUGCCGUGAUUUAUACUUAAUAUGUGGUGUGAUAGCAUGAUUCAGUUCGGAAAAGUAUCAAGAAGGUUCACAACUUGUGUAUCAUAGUUGUGAUGACCUUUGGUUUCUACAAAUGUCAUUGCAGUGAUGUUCUAUGGUUAAAUUAACAUCUCAAGGUUAUUCAAGUAUCAAGAAUGUUUGGUGAGUGUAAAAGUAUGCCCUGUGAAGUGACGGAACUCUGUAUUCGUAAGUAUAUUUAGAUUAUUUCAAUUUGUAAAAUCUUUUUGUAGCCAAGCAAAGUUUUCACGUUAUUAUAUCAGGGUUUAUAUUGUGACAAUGUUUCGAAAGUGUUUCAAAGUUUCGUCUUUGAAAAAACAUAGACAAUUAAUUUGAAUGCAAGUUUCACAGCAGUGGAAACGUGCAGUAUGUUUCGUAAAAUCAAAUAUGUAUCCAUUAUUUGUAUAACAAAGCUAUAAUAGUUAUGUUACUUAAAAAGGAACUUUUCGUAAACACUGUGACGUCAUUGAAUACAGGUAUCAUGUUUUGUAGACAUAUAGUAUAUUUUAUAAUCUCCAAUAUGAUUGUAUGGGUUUAUCUAUAGAUAGGAAAUAAAUUAGGUGCCUUAGUAUUAACCAACGACUUUAAAUUAUUCAUCUUUUUAAAAAUUUAAUCACAUUUAUAUGACACUUAACCCUGGGUUUCUAGAGUUUAAAAUCUCCAUUUAAAAAGUUGUUAUCUCUGUUUUGUCAAAGAUAAAAGAGGGAUAACAGUAUAUUUUAUGCAGACAUUUUGGUGUCAGAAACCCAUUGUUUAUUACUACAUAUGUUUAGAGAACAAACAGGGCAUUUUUUUGAUAAUUUAAUUCUUAGCAUAACAGAAUCGGGUGUCAAUUGUAUAUUUAUAAAUAUAUGUAAAUUAUAUUUUUACAUUUGCUAUAUAUGUAUCAGAACAAUAUCUGCUCUUUAUAUAUUUAUGGUUUAUUUAUUAUAUAUUUCUCGAAAAAUAAGAAAACAGCAGUAAUACAAUAAAAAGAUCAUGUAAUAAUAUAAAUAAUUGUAUAAUAUAAGUUAAUCUUUGAGAAUAGUUUCUGCCUAUCCUAAAUAGACUUCUGUCUUACUUUGGUCCCAAAGUUUUGAAUUUUUAUAUAUUCUCAAAAUUUUGUAUGUAUUCUAUUAUGUAUGAAGCAUGUAGUUGAACCUGGAGAAGCAUGAAUCCAUGGUUUUGAGAUAUUUUUCUUAUGUAAGUUGUUGAAAAUAACUCUCGCUUAUCUAGGUUUGACAGUAAAUAAGAAUAUUUAUAAAAUUGGAAAGCAUAUCUAUCUGUGAGUAAAGAAACAAAUAAAAUUUGAAUAUAAAAUUUUUGUAAUGAUUUAAAUUAAUUUUUAUGUUUUAUAUUUUUGAUAUGAACCACAAUUUAGAAAAUUACCUAAAACUAAACUCCCUUAAGUGUAAUUCUAUGCUGCUUAUUAAAACUGCGUGUCUUUAAUGUUUGAAUUAAAUUUUUAUAUUCAUACACUUGCCUGCACUUGAUCAGACCAGCAGGUAGGUUAUUGACCCCAUGACCUUUUACCCUCUAUCUUUCCAAUUACAACCAAUUUGUCCAGGUUGUCGGGGUGUCUCUGGGAAAUAUUUCCAAAGUAUCCAAGAACUUGUUGGUAGCAUGUCGUGGCUAGGCAAUUAGAUACACAUGGUGUAUUAUUGUAAAAACAAUUUAAAAUAUUUUUGUCUGUUCACUUUAGUUCUGUUUAAUUUCCGAAAUGGCUGGACCAAUUUGAUGGGACUUGUGGGAUUUUACUUGUGUUUGUGGGAGUAACAUAACCUUUUUUUUUUGUUUCACAUUAUCAAAGUCGCGGUCAACAGUUAGUAUGUAAAUGCCUAUAUUUAAAUAAAUUGGGGUAUUUUAUUCUGGCAUUAUCAAUUAUUUAUCUCUUAUUUGCAAUACUUUAUUUCCUUAUGCACAUCCCUUAUGUCUUAUCGUGAAUUUUCACUGAGAAAUACAAAAAUAUGUCAGUUUUUCAAGGAGAAUGAAACAUUUUUCUACUACAAUUAUGUGCUUGAGACUAAGAGAUUAUUUUAGCAACAUAUCUGUUAAUUAUGCUUGUACUCUAUGUGUUCUUUUCCUACUGUUUGUUAGAAACAAUAAAAUAUUUUGAAAUUUGA